CAGUUAAUGGCGUCACCAAGUGAACCCUGUGAACUCGUCUGUAACAACACUUUCUCUAAUGGAGUCGCCGAUCUCUUCUCACUCAGCGAUGGAAAUCUCACCAUUAAUGGAGUCACAUUGCUCUCGGAGGUCCCUGAAAAUGUCGCCUUUACGAGCUUUGGUGCAGUAAACCACGCUUCUUCCAAUGCGCCACCGUCGCUCGUCAAGGAAGUCCAGUCUCGAUCCCACAAGGGCGGCUUCCUCGGCUUCGCCCAUCCGGAAGCUUCCCCCUGUCCGACGAAUUCUCUCGGAAAAUUCUCUGACCGGAGGUUCCUCAGCAUCUUCCGGUUCAAGACAUGGUGGUCGACCAUGUGGGUGGGCAGCCGCGGCUCCGACCUGCAAGCGGAGACCCAAUGGGUGCUCUUCGAGGUGCCCGAGGUGGGCUCCUACGUUCUCCUCCUCCCCUUGAUCGAGGGUAAAUUUCGAUCUGCUAUCUCCCACGGCGACAGCGACGGCGACAGCGACCACGUACUGCUCUGCGGCGAGAGCGGGUCUUCCCGAGUGCUAGCCGACUCCUUCAAAGCCCUAGCGUACGUUCAUGUCGGCGACAACCCCUUCACCCUGAUGCGGGAAGCCUACGCCGCCGCUAGGGUUCACCUCGGCACGUUCCGACUGAGGGAGGAGAAGCCGCUCCCGCCCAUCGUCGACAAAUUCGGGUGGUGCACCUGGGACGCUUUCUACUUGACGGUCGAGCCGAUCGGGGUGUGCCGCGGCGUCAAGGACUUCGCCGACGGCGGGAUUCCGCUGCGGUUCCUCGUGAUCGACGAUGGGUGGCAAAGCAUAAACUUGGAUUGCGAAAACCCUAACGAGGACCGCAAAAAUCUCGUCUUUGGCGGAGAGCAGAUGACCGCCAGGCUUUACAGGUUCCAGGAGGGCGAGAAGUUCCGCAAGUACAGGGGAGGCAGCCUCCUCACCUCCGAAACCUUAUCCUACGAUAGGUACAAGCCAAAGAAGAUCUUUUCCAAGGCGAAGGAGGCCAAAGAAGCGAGAAAGGCCGGAAACAAGGCCAAAGAACUCGAAUUGAGACGAGAAAUCGACCAAAUGCUCGAGCAAAAAGGCGAAAUUUUAGCGGAAGGGAGAGUGGACAGCGGCGAGAGGGUUGGAUUGAGCGGUUUGAUUUUGGAUUUGAAGUCGGAGUUCAAGGGUUUGGAGGACAUCUACGUGUGGCAAGCGCUCUGCGGAGCGUGGGGCGGAGUGCGACCUGGAAGCACUCACCUGGACUCCAAGCUAGUGCCGGUCAAGCUCUCUCCCGGCUUGGCGGGAACCAUGAACGAUCUCGCUGUCGACAAGAUCGUCGAGGGCGGCAUCGGCCUCGUCAAUCCGGCGCAGUCAGGCGAGUUUUACGACUCCAUGCACUCGUACCUCGCCGGCGCCGGAAUCACCGGAGUCAAAGUGGACGUCAUCCAUACACUGGAGUACGUGAGCGAAGAAUACGGAGGCAGGGUUGAGCUCGCGAAAGCAUACUACGACGGUUUGUCGAAGUCGAUUUCGAAGAACUUUGAUGGUACGGGGAUCAUCUCCAGCAUGCAGCAGUGCAAUGACUUCUUCUUCCUUGGAACUUGGCAAGUCAACAUGGGAAGAACCGGUGAUGAUUUCUGGUUCGAGGAUCCUUACGGAGAUCCCAUGGGAGUUUACUGGCUGCAAGGCGCACACAUGAUCAACAACUCCUACAAUAGCCUGUGGAUGGGGCAGUUCAUGCAGCCGGACUGGGACAUGUUCCAGUCCGACCACGCCUGCGGUGAGUUCCACGCGGCGGCGCGCGCCAUCUGCGGCGGACCCAUCUACGUCAGUGACGCCGUCGGCUUUCAUAACUUCGAUCUACUCAAAAAGCUCGUCUUCAACGACGGAAGCAUCCCCAUAUGCCUGCACUAUGCUUUGCCGACGAGGGACUGCUUGUUUGCCAAUCCCCUAUUCGACCAAACGACCGCUCUCAAGAUUUGGAACCUCAACAAGUUUGGCGGUGUGAUCGGAGCUUUCAAUUGCCAAGGCUGUGGAUGGAACCCCGAGGAGAAGAGAGUGAAAGGCUACUCCCACUGCUACAAGGAAGUCACCGGAACAGUUCAUGUGUCAGACAUGGAAUGGGAUCAAGUGGAGACUUGCACCGAACUGGGUGAGGCAGACGAGUACGCGGUGUAUCAGCACAAGGCCAAGAAACUACUCCUCAUGGCUAGAAACUCCGACGCGAUCCGCUUCACCCUCCAGCCUUCCUCCUUCGAGCUUUUCAGCUUCGUGCCGGUGAAGAACAUGGGGACUGACGUGAAGUUCGCUGCCAUUGGGCUGGUGAACAUGUUCAAUUGCGGCGGGACUUUGAUGGAUGUGGAAGUCGAUGGGGUUGCUGUGAAGAUGAAGGUGAAAGGGGGAGGUGAGCUCUUGGUGUACUCCAGCAGGAAGCCAAGUGGGUGCUGCUUGAAUGGAGCUGCGGUUGGGUUCGAUUACUGCGCGGAGGAUGGGAAGAUGAGGGUGGAGGUUCCAUGGCAGGAGGAGAGUGGCGGUGUCUCUCAAGUCGCAUUUGAUUACUGAUCUCUCAGGGGUUUCCUAAUAAUGAUAAUAAAUGGUCCUGUUCUUUUAUAAUAAUGGGCUGAAAGCUCUAAUUUUUCUCUUUUCCCAUA